CAUUUGUGAACAGGAAGGAGGUUGACGUGUUUCCGCAGGCUUAGACCGGGGAAAGUUGUUUCCUGAAGUUGACACUGCGCGGAUCAGUUCCACAUCAAAGCUCUGGUGCUUAUGUACAGCAUGAUUUAGACAGCUUUCACGGACUUUUGUGAGACGUGUCGUCUCGUCGGGCGGCCUCCGCCUGCGAGCUGUGUCUGACGGGAAGAUGAGCUCCAAGAGCGAAGACACAGAGUUGAGCCUGCAUGCCCAGCUAGCCGAGUGCCGAGCUCAGGCCGAACACUGGCAGGGCGUGGCGACGAUCUGUGAGCUGAGCAAACAGGAGGAACUGGCAGAGCUGCAAAAACAAUGUGAUCAAGAAAUCCAGUCUCUGCAGGAGGCUCUCAGAGAGACAGCAGCGCAGUAUGAGGCCAGGAUAGCUGUCCUUCAGUCUCAGUCUGUGGAGUGGAGGAGAACCAGUGGACAGAACAUGAUCAGUGGAAGGAAAAGCAGGGUGGAUGCAGAAGUAGCCAGUAAUCGGUCCCCAACAGCGAUCACCAACAGCCAGAUAGAGGGCGAGGCCACGGCAUUGAUGGACAGGAGGCACAACCAACCAGCAGAGAUUGAGGCGGCAGAGGGCGAAGGGACGUCACUUACAGCAGAAGGGUAUUUUUCACUGCGGCACUGCGACUCGGACUCGUUGUCCUCAUUCUCCUUAGAGACGCCCUCUCUGCCCAGGAAGCUUCAUGCUCAGGAAGACACAGACUCUCUAGUCUCCACAGGAACUUUGGUGCCUGAAGCCAUCUACCUGCCGCCGGCUGGACACCGACUGGUCACGCACAGCGACUGGGAUUCACUCAAUGCUCAGGUGUCAGAGCUGCGAGGGGAGGUAAGUCGGCUGCAGGCUGAGAAAGAGGAGCUGGAGAAAGAACUGGAUACACAGACCAACCACACGCACAAACAGGUAUCAGUUCUCCAGUCUCAGGUCCACGCUUCAGAGGCCCUCCUCCAGGAUUUACAGAAAUCUUUUAGCCAAUCACAGAAUGCAGUCCAGAGUCGGCUGGCAGAGUUGUCAUUUUCCCAGAGGAAGAUGUGCAGUGAGCUGUCCAGACUGAAAGGAGAGGAAGUUGAGGAUGAAGGACCAGAGUCCAGCUCAUCAUUCCCACCAACACUGCAGGGGGCUCACUGUGAAGAGCGUCUUCGCAUUGAGAUUGUCAACCUGAGGGAUGAGCUGGACACCCGGACAGAGGAGAAUGACGUUUUGGAAGUCCAGCUGUCUAGUCUGAAGACAGAGACAGAGAGGAUCCAGGCUCAGAAGGACCAAUUGCAGGCUGAACUACUGGCCUGCCGCACUGAACUGGAAGCCCUGCGGGUGGCACUCUCUCAUGUGCAGAACACCAACAAGGCCAUCAUUAAUGAUAAGGAGGCCCUGAAGCAACAGUGUCUGGAGCUGCGUAGCCAAGUGAUCAGUCUGCGCUCCCAGGUCGACACCAGCCAGACUGUACAGAGGGACUUUGUUCAGCUCUCCCAGUCGCUGCAGGUGAAGCUGGAGGUAAUCCGACAGGCUGAGAGUCUUGAACAAGUCAAGGAAAUCCUGGAAGGGGGAGUCAGUGAAGCUGGUUCGCCGCCUGCGGACGCCUCGUGAGUUAUAGUCACAUUGGAACCAAAGAGCGCCGACCAAGAUACAGUGAUCAAUAAGGACCAGCUAACCAUCGGCACAUGAAAUACUGUCGUGACCACUGGGAUCUUCACAGAUGGUGCUGCCAGCACUUGUAACACUGGAUGGAUACUCCUAAAGAGACGUUAUUUUUGUGUUUGUUUCAGAAAUGAUGGUUUGGUGUCAAUGACCGAAACUUUUGCUUGGAGACCAAAUUUAUUUUUGAUGAACCGUUAAUGCUUUGGGGACACUAAAAACAUUUCUCACACCCUUUUUCUUGCAUCCAGUGACAUGUUUAUUCCUGUACUAAUACAUACGUAAAUGUAGUCCUUUGAUAAUACUGACAUGACUCCAGCAAAACACUCACUUGCAUAAUUGAUAUGCAAACUACACGAAUGUUUUCCCAUGCAGACUUUGUUUUGCAUCUUCUUUGUGAAGGAGGAUCUCUAAAAGCAGCAAAUCAUAGUGCAAUAAUGAAAUGAUACAAAGUAGAAAACUCCUAAAUUAACAGAAUUUCACAGGGGAUUUUUAUUUACCGCAUUAAUUUGUCUUUAUUUUAUCUUAGCCUUGUUAACCAUUCUUAUUAUUACUACAACCAUAAUCACUUUUAGACUUAAAGCUAAUUUAUGAUUGUGGGUUAGGAAAGAAGCUAAGUAAAAAUCAGUGAAGAAAUGUGAAUGUGUAACAUCUUGUCAGUUUGUUUUGUGUUAAUACAUUAUUAAAAGUAAAGAUGGUCACUU